CGGGGGCCCCGGACGCCCUCAGGUCCCAGCCCGGCUUCGGCGGGAGGCUGGCGGAGCUCACCAUGCGCCCGGGCUCACCAUGGGGAACACCCUCCGGGCCCUCAUCGCCUUCGUCCCCGCCGAUGGCUGCCAGAACUACCUGCUGGGAGACCUCCGGGAGAUGCCCCUGGACAAGAUGGUGGACCUGAGCAGCAGGCAGCUGCGACGCUUUCCCUUGCACGUGUGCUCCUUCCGGGAGCUGGUGAAGCUCUACCUCAGCGACAACAAGCUGAACAGCCUGCCCCCGGAACUGGAGCAGCUGCAGAACCUGCAGAUCCUGGCCUUGGAUUUCAACAAUUUCCGAGCCUUGCCUCCGGUGGUGUGCACGCUGAAGCAGCUCUGCAUCCUCUACCUGGGCAACAACAAGCUCCGGGACCUGCCCUUGGAGCUGAGCUUGCUGCAGAACCUCAAGACGCUCUGGAUCGAGAACAACUACCUGACCCAGCUGCCCGAGGUCAUCUGUGAGCUGAGCCUGCUCAAAACCCUGCACGCCGGCUCCAACGCCCUGCGCCUCCUGCCCGGGCAACUGCGGAGCCUCCAGGAGCUGAGGACCAUCUGGCUUUCGGGCAACCUGCUGAGCGAUUUCCCCGCCGUGCUGCUGCACAUGCCCUUCCUCGAAGUGAUCGACGUGGAUCGAAACAACAUCUCCUACUUUCCCAGCCUGGUUCACCUGUCGGGCCUGAAGCUGGUCAUCUACGACCACAACCCCUGCAGGAAUGCCCCGAAGGUGGCCAAGGGGGUGCGGCGCGUGGGGAGGUGGUCGGAGGAAACCCCCGAGCCGGACCCCAGAAAAGCCAGGCGGCUUCGGAUGGCCAAGGAGGAGGCUGACCAAGGGCAGCCACCUGCUCCCCCUGCCUCUCUUCCUGCGUCUGACAAACUGGACUAGUGCCUUCCUUGUGCCAUUAUCUGCUCUUGACCCUUCCUGUAGCUUGUUGGUACAUAGUUGUUUGCAUGUGUCCCUCCCCUCUCUCCUUCCCCCUCCCCUCCCUCCUUCCUCCUCCCCAUCAGAGAUCGGGGACUGUCAAGUGCCUUUGUUAGUACCCUCGGCACUUAAUACAUAGCUGGCACAUUUUUGUUGUUCAGUCCUUCUUCAAGUCCUGUCCUACUCUUGGUGAUCCCGGUUGGGGUUUUCUUGGCAGAGGUACCAGGGGUUUGCCCUUUCCUCCAGCUCAAUGUAAUGUCCUCCUCCAGGUUAUUUUACAUUUGAGGAAACCGAGGCAAGGUUAAGUAACUUACCCAGGGUCACACACAGUCAGUAACUGUCUGAGGUCACAUUUGAACUCAGGUCUUGCUGACUCCAGACCCAGCACUCUGUCCCACUGGGCCAUCUAGGCUUCUCCACCUGGCACAUAGUAGAUGCUACUAAAUGCUUGUUGAUUGACUUUACUUUGGACCUAACUACAGUACAUCCUUGAUUAAAACGAACAGUCCUUCCCUGAACAAUUUCUCCUGCAUAAAGGAACCAAAGGGAAACAACUCUUGUUCACAUUCAGAAGAAAAUGAAUAUCCAGAAUACCCAGUAACUACCUUUUCUCACAACUAUUCCCACUACUCUCAAUCCCAGCUAAUUGGAAAAAAAAAUAAACAUGACAUUCGAUAUCACCCAUCACCUUAAGAUUCUGCAAUCCUGCGGCAGAGAAUUUGGAAAUGUAUUAGAGAGCACACUGUGUUGUAUUUAGCUUUGUAGCAUCUAGUGCUUUACACAAAAUGGGGACUUUAAUCAACUCUCAGGAGAGAUGAAUUUUAAUUCUCCUUAGAGAGUGUGCCUUAAAGGGGAAGCUGUUUUAUUUUAACUAAUUAAACCAUCACUUCUCAAUUGGACAGUCUGCCUCUCACUUCCCUGGAACUAUGGUGCUGACAGUGUCUACACUCAUCCUACUUGUGGAGAUCACAAUCUACCUGUUUUCUCAUCAUGGGUGUUUUUUAUCCAGUCCUUCCAAUCAAUUUUCCAUGGAAGAUCUACUCUAGAUUUUGGCCAAGUACAGCAGAAAGAGCCCUAGAUUUGAAUUCUGGUUCUGCUAUUUGUUGUCUUGGGCAAGUCUUCAUGUGAUUUUGGAUUGCUCUAUAAAAAGAGAGAAAUGCACUAAAUGAUUUCUAAGAUUCCUUUCAAUUCUAAAUCCUUCAAAAUGAAACAAGGUAAAGACUGUUGGGAAGGAUUAAUCUUCUAGUAGCUUGAGCAGGCAUACUGUUCAUGUCAGAGUACCCAAAAAGAAAAUAUUUUCACUAGCCCAUGGCUGUUUAUGUAAUGUGCUAAUAUUUAGUUUGUCUUCGCAGGACUGAAAUUAUUCUGCAUUACGCAUUUAAGGCUGCUUAAAAUUGUGUUCCCAGCAUUGUUUUCAGAGUCAAACUCAGUCAUGGAAAAAUAUUCUGAUGAAACAAAUACUCGUGAGACUUUUUCUCUAUAGCUCAAAACUCAUUCCAUUUAAUAUUUCCCUUCCACUCUCAUAAGUCUCAAUUGACAUUAAUGAACUUGAAAAUUGGUUUGGCCCAGUUUAGCCAAUUUCCCAUAAAAGGUUUGAUUCAGUGCUGUUUAUAACUCUUUUAUGUCAUUCAUGAUCAUCUGGAAAGUAGAGACUCUUUAGCUGUGCUCUUAUUAAGGUCAUGUAUAGACUGGUAUUCUGGCUGAUACUCUAGAGCAUGCUUUGUUUCUGCUUGUUUAAAUAAAUGAGAGGUAAUUGAACCUCAUUCUCUUGGUGCUAGAGUAACUUCAUCAAGAAAAUUCACAUCUGGUUAGAGUAGGGCUCUUAGUGGUAGGUUAAACAUUUAUUUACUUGCUUAAGAAAAUAAACAGAAGUAAAUGUGAAUUCCAGAUUGCAUUCUACAUAAGAAUAGCUAAUGUUUGUCUAUUUAAAAUUAAUGUCCUAUUUUGAAUCUGUCUAGCAUUUCAAUAAGCAUUUUCUAUAUACCUAUGUAAAUAAAACGAGCAUAUUUGCAAUUAUCUUUAGAUGCCUGCCAAUUGUAUGUUUUUUCUUCCUCAGAAAAAAAUUCAUUUAUUCUCAUUCAACUGCUGUCAGUGGCUUUUUUAUUAGCCACACAUUAACUUGUUUAGCAU